CGAAGUGCCCCGGGUUUUUCGUCGUGGUUUAUUGUGUCCCAGUCAGCGUGGAUUCUGAGCAGGCAGCAUUGUAGGAUCAAUGAUCAAGAAACUAAUGGCAAAACAUCAUCUGCCAGUUCGAAUGACUUCAGUGAUCCUGUUUACAAAGAAAUUGCUAUAACUAAUGGUUAUAUCAACAGGAUGACCAGAGAAGAGCUCAGAAGUAAGCUUGCCGAGUUCAAGCUCGAAACCAGAGGAGUGAAAGAUGUACUGAAAAAGAGACUGAAAAACUAUUAUAAGAAACAGAAGCUGAUGCAGAAGGAACAGAUUAGUGGACAGAGCUGUUAUGACUACAUCUGUGUUGUUGACUUUGAAGCAACAUGUGAAGAAGGAAACCCACCUGAAUUUGUACAUGAAAUAAUUGAGUUUCCUGUUGUCUUAGUAAACACACAUACCCUGGAAAUAGAGGAUAGCUUUCAGCAAUACGUGAAGCCAGAGAUUAAUCCUAAGCUUUCAAACUUCUGCAUCAAUCUGACUGGAAUAACCCAGGACAUUGUUGAUAAAGCUGAUACUUUUCCUCAAGUUCUGCAGAAUGUCGUGGAGUGGAUGAGACAGCGAGAGCUGGGAACAAAGUACAGCUAUUCCAUGUUGACAGACGGAUCUUGGGAUAUGAGUAAAUUUUUGAACAUCCAGUGCCGUAUUAGCCGUAUCAAAUACCCUUCUUUUGCCAAAAAGUGGAUCAAUAUUCGCAAAUCAUAUGGGAACUUCUAUAAGGUUCCUAGGAACCAGACCAAGCUGACCAUCAUGCUUGAAAAGCUGGGCAUGAAUUAUGAUGGGAGACCUCACAGUGGACUUGAUGACUCUAAAAACAUUGCAAGGAUAGCUAUAAGGAUGCUGCAGGAUGGCUGUGACCUGCGAGUGAAUGAGAGAAUUCAUGGUGGACAGCUUAUGACAGUCUCCUCCUCAGCCCCCUUAGAGGGAGCCCCUGCUCCACAGAUGCCCCGCUACAGAAAUUAGCAAUUCAGCAGUUCUGCCUCAGGAACUGCCCUCAGAUGCCCUCUAAAGACUGUGUAGAGUUUAUUAAACAGCCACCUUUGCCAGCUUGUCUGCCAUGCAGAAUUCUAAAGCACCUUAACUAAUCAUCUCCGUUGAAAUAAAGAGGAACGUGGA